AUGAACACACAGACAGCCAAGACCGAUUGCACCUGCGCAGAAAGGAGAGCCGACUGGGACCUUCACCCCAACGCCAACCGGGCGCUCGAGAACAACGAUGCAAAGGACGACCUGCAGCACUCACAUCACCAUGACCACAGCCAACAAGGCCAAGUACAGCAGCAAAAGACGGACAGUCCCUGUCAAUGUGGCAAGAACGAGUGGGACCUGCACCCCGCAGCCAUCCGGAAGAUCGAGAACGAGGGCAGUCCAGCGGACGUGAAGCAGCUCCACGAGCUCGAGCACUCUCAGCAGAAGCACUAG